CCUAGAAGCAAACGACCCCUAAAGAAAACCGGCAAUCACCCGUUAAUUAUGGACGGCACGGGCCGGCAUAGUACCUUCUGACCGGGACGACGACGUUGAGCCUACAUGUCUCGUUCUGCCAGCGAGGAGCGCUGCGCGCUUCCUUGUGAAACUCCGGUCUCCUCUCCUUUGCUUCCGAUCUGGAACUGGACUGAACUUUACCUCUAUAGUGCCAAUGGCUGCUGCUCCGCAAUCGCAGCUUUUCUUGUCUCCUUCUCAAGUAGCUAACUACUGAACAGCUUUCAACACCAAAACACAUACGAAGAAGUGAAGGAUCCAGGUUCCGGCGCGGGGAAAGAAAACAACAAUGCGACCUCCGAAGUCUAUCAGUAGAUUGCCGCCGGUGCUUCAUCUGGGCUGCAUCGCGGCGUUCUUCUUCUUCGUCUUCUUCUUCUUCAUUCAAUCUUCUUUCUUCUCAGGUAGUAAGAAAUCAGAUCCCAACACAGAAGGGGACAAGCGCACACUUUCUCAGUUUCAGUCCGCCGUUCAGCAAUGCGUGGCAAACAGGGGGCUUGGUCUUACUGCAUUAAUCACCGAUCAUUGUAAAAUGACUCUCAAGUUCCCAGAAGGCACCAACAGCACUUGGUACAAUGCACAGUUCAAGAUUUUUGAACCAUUGGAGUACCAUUAUGAUAUUUGUGAUACACUCAUGUUGUGGGAACAGUAUCGGAACAUGACUACUGUGCUGACACGAGAAUAUCUUGAUACUCGCCCUGAUGGGUGGUUUGAUUAUGCAGCAAAAAGGAUAUCUCAACUGGGAGCUGAGAAAUGCUACAACCGUAGUCUGUGUGAGGAAAACCUUAACGUGAUAUUACCAGCAAGGCCACCUUUCCACCCUAGGCAAUUUAAAACCUGUGCUGUUGUUGGUAAUUCUGGAGACCUUUUGAAGACAAAGUUUGGUAAAGAGAUUGAUGGUCAUGAUGCUGUUAUAAGAGAUAAUGAAGCUCCUGUUACCCAGAAAUAUGCACCACAUGUUGGACUGAAGAGGGAUUUCCGCCUUGUGGUUCGUGGUGCUGCUGCUAAUAUGGUCAAAAUUUUAGAAGGAUCUGAUGAUGAGGUGCUUAUCAUUAAAAGCAUGGCCCACAGGGACUUCAAUGCAUUGAUAAAGACUAUUCCGAACCCUGUUUAUCUCUUCCAAGGGAUCGUGCUGCGCAGGGGUGCUAAAGGAACUGGGAUGAAAUCUAUUGAACUUGCACUUUCAAUGUGUGAAAUUGUUGACAUAUACGGUUUCACGGUUGAUCCUGGCUACACUGAAUGGACAAGAUACUUCUCUACUCCACGUAAAGGGCAUAAUCCACUUCAAGGACGAGCAUAUUACCAACUCCUAGAAUGUCUUGGUGUCAUUAGAAUCCACUCCCCCAUGAGAGCUCAGAGGAAGCAAGACUGGUCCAAUGUCCCAAGCCGAGAAAUGGUAUCCAGAGCACAUGCAGCAGCCAUGCGGUUGAAGCUUGGAGAGGAGAUCGCAGGGUUAGGUCAGUUUGGAAAAUGCAAGGUGUGGGGUAGUGCAGAUGCUGCCAACAACGGGCCUAUCUCUGGAUCUCCUGACAUGAGUGAUGUAAGGAAAUAUUCGAACUACAGUAAGUGGGAGACGAUGCCGUUUCAAAGUCUUAGACGAGAGGCACGGGAUCAUUAUGCCCAGAUGGAGGAUGUGUCUUUGUACAAGAUGGAUGGCAAUAAGUUGGACGAUCUGGUAUGCGUCAAGCACAAGUCAGCAUCUUCAGUAUGAUUUGCAGUCUCGGCUUAUCAGUUAAGUGAACUACAUGAGCCUUUUUGGUGCAUGUGCGCGGAGAUUGAGAAGAGAAUACAAAGGAUGGUUUCCAGUGUCCAGUUUUGAUGUUCAAUUAGCUCCAACGAUGGUGAUCAGCUCAAAGGCUUCCAUUUUCAAUUUAGCUGUGUGCCGGUGUAAGCGGAUAUUAUUUGUAUGAACCUUAUUGAAUGAAAACUUGUGCACCUUAGGAUGUUGUAUUUAAUGUAAUCAAAGACAGCAGCAGUUAAAGAUAAACAGGACAGCCAGCAUGAGCACACGUUCAGAGUAGGCAGCAAAAAAAUCUUUCAACUUCACCACUUUCCAUUUCUACAAUCAGCAUUCAGCAAUGCAUGCAGUAGCAGGAGAUCGCAAUUUUUCAUCAGGGUGGAGGUCAAAUGCAUAUCAAAAGCAAUAUAACAGUCAGCUAACUUGUCACAAAUUAGAACAUGUAUAGUAGAGGAAUUGGAUUACUGCAGUUGAAGAAUCAGUUAUUCAUUUAUCAUCAAUCAAGCCGCCUUGACAUUCUUCUAAGACUUAACUCAUCAGAUUGACAGCCAAUCUACCACGAACUAGCGAUUGACGUUACAUUUGGUUAGAGCUAUCGAGGGUCUCAUGUAAACAAGGGUCAAGACCCUUGGUUACUUGAGAUGCAGCGGCAUCUUACCUGAUUAACUGGGUAGUAGGACUUAACUAGUACUAUACAUCUUGCAAAUGAGCCGCGUCGAACCGAGAUUUGUCUCAGAUUAAGCUUGGCUCGUUAAUAAUCGAGCUCGAGCUCAUUUAUUAAAGAGCCAAGUCGAGCUUGAGCUAGGCUUCUUUACAAAAAUCUUAAUUCAUGUUUGAUACAUUCAUUUUGUAUGUUAUGUAUGAUACAUGUGAUAGAUGUCAUGUUGAAAAAAAAAAUAUAAUCAAACGUUCAACAUUAA